UUACCGUAUUGGUUUUUAUUUUACGCACCGCGGUCACGUGACGAUGCUGAUUUGUUAGGCAUGUUGUCAUAAUUGUGGACAAUUUGUGUAAUGGCUAAACCAAAUAUUUCCAAGUACUGGUGUGUUGUCCCAGGUUGUACGUCAGACGGACGUAAAAAGCGGAACCUGGAAAAGUAUCCUGCAAUGGAAGGAGUCGAUUUUUUCCCGUUUCCCACCCGCUUAAAGAACAAUAAAAUUAGAAAGCGGUGGAUCUCUCAGAUUAAUAGAGAGAAUUUUGAACCAAAAAGACAUCACCGGGUGUGUUCUAAUCAUUUUGUUGAUGGAAGACCUACUGAGUGUAACCCAAUCCCAACAUUGUUUCCAAGAAAUAAUUUCAUGCGCCCUUUGAAGGAGAGACCACAGAAUGCUGUAGAAAAAAGAAACAUCACUUCUGCUCGACUUGAUCAACUUCAGGAUGAUAAUACAACUGAGACUGAACUUUUCAAUGCACCACCAGUUGCAGCAGAAGUUAUUGUAACUGCAGUUAUGGAAGGUGAAAACACAGUUUCUCAUGUUCGAUCCAGAAAAUUGCCAGGAAUAGCAGCAAAGUCCAGUGUUGUGAAUCAUGAUCAUUCAUACAUGUCUGAAGAAAAAAGCUGGGAAAGACCUGAACCUGUUGACAUGUCCACACAAACAGAUCUCACAGGAGAGGGCAUUGAACUCUUGCAGCGGCAAACCAGAGAGAUGAAAGCAAAACUAUCUGACAAAGAAGCAUUGUUGCGAGACUGUUUUUUUAGAAAAUGUCAUCAAGUCCGAUGUUUCAGUGAAACAUUACACAGGGUUACCCAGUAAACCUAUUUUGGAUGGAUUGUUUUCAUCAAUAGAAGCAGAUAAAUGCAAACUCAAAUACUGGUCAGGAAAAAAAUCUGUCG